CUGAUUUUGACCAUCACACGGAUUGAUUGAUGGAGCUGCAAGUGGUAGACGUUGUUCUAUAUUUCGUCUUUAUACUAGCCCUGGGAACGCUUGUUCACUUGAUCUACAGGUGGAGGAACCCUGCAUGCAAUGGGAGGCUUCCUCCUGGCUCCAUGGGUUUACCAGUUAUUGGUGAGACACUCCAGCUCUUGAAGUCAAGCCCUUCUUUGGACAUUCCAGACUUCUACAAACUGAGGUUUAAAAGGUAUGGCAAUCUGUUCAAAACCAGUUUUGUGGGGGAGCCUGUGGUUGUCUCCAUGGACAUGGAGUUCAACCGUUUCGUAUUUCGGCAAAACGAUAAGCUGUUUCAGUUAUGGUAUCCUGAAACAAUGAUGAGCAUACUCGGCAAGAAGACCACAGCCACAGGCAUUGGUCAGAUUCACAAGCACAUGAGAAGCAUCAUUGCUCCGCUCUACGCACCAAAAAACCUCAAGGCAGCUUUCAUUUCUGAAAUGGAGCGCAUCGUUGCAGAGUCCCUAAGACUAUGGGCUACUAAGCCUAGCAUCGAUGUGAAAGAGGCUUUUACGGAUUUGUUGUUUGGUAUUACAGUCAAGAAGGUUAUUGGCUUGGAACCUGAGAGCCCAAGGUCAAGGGAAUUGAGAAAAAAAUUUGAAUUGUUCUUCCAAGGCCUGAUAUCUUUCCCACUUUGUGUUCCAGGGACAAAAUUUUAUCAAAGCAUACAGGAGGAGCAUGAGGCAAUACUGAAAAAACGAGAAGAGAAGAAUUCUAGAAUCACAUGGGACGAGUGCAAAUCAAUGAAGUUCACUAAUCAGGUUAUCAAUGAGAUAGUUCGUGCAAGUAGCCAUACUCCUGGAAUUUUUAGAAAGACAUUGAAGGAUGUGCAAGUGAAUGGGUACACAAUUCCAAAGGGAUGGUUGGUCUUGAUAAACCCCAUGGCAGUUCAUCUAAAUCCUUCAAUUUUCAAAGAUCCACUCACUUUUAAUCCAUGGAGAUGGCAGGAGGCCCAGGGGAGCUCCUUAACGAAGAAUUUCAUAGCAUUUGGAGAUGGUGCAAGGCAUUGCAUGGGUGCUGACUUCACUAAGCUUCAGAUGGCAAUGUUCCUCCAUGAAUUAGUCACGAAAUACAGAUGGAAGGAGAUCAAAGGAGGUCAAAAGUUUCGUAUUUCGGACCUUGUGUUCCUGCAAGACUAUCACAUUCAGCUUUUUCCAAGGUCCUAAUUAUAAUAAAAUUGAUGAACGCAUAUGCACUAUAUAUGUACCAUCAUGGGUGAAUGUAGCAUGGCAUGGGGAUGCAACAGUAUGCAUGUAUUGUCAUCUAAAUAACAACCUUAUGUAGUGCGUACUUUUUUAUUUAUGUGUGAGUAUGUGAAAUUAUUGUUGCAAUAAUUAAGGUUGCUCAUGUAUGCAUCCAUACAAAUGUAUCUAAUUCUUGAAAGUGAUGGUUGAACAAAUGUAAGUUAAGUUUAUUAUGUACAUCUCAAUUAGUAUCAAUUGGUUGUCCUAGAAACUAAGUUUCACUAGAAAUUUGUAGAAAACAAGCUUUAGCUUUCUGUAAGUUGUUAGGUUUAGUCAAACAUCAAAAAUUGAGGCGGGGAGGCACAAAGUAUAAAGUGAAGUAUCGCUCAUAUAUUUGGCUAGUUUGGGGGUUUCAUUUAGGCCUGAUCCCA